UUUAUGUCAACUGCGAACGGAUGCCGGAAGCACGACGUGAGUCCGCCGCUGGGACGGCGGCGGCGGCCGGAGGAGGAGGACGAUGAGAAAUUCGAUGGCUGCAACAACAGAAUUGCAGAAGGCGUACAGCAUCUUGGAAGAGCAAUCUCUAUGUAGUGAAGAUCAACGACGAGAGAAAUGCUACUAUGUUAUUCAGUCUCCGUAACUUGCCACAUGCAGGAUCAUGGGGCCUUAACACCCCCAAAAAUGUGGUGCUAGUGGAGGGUUGGUGGAAGUAUCACUGGCUUAUGAUGACAACUACAAACAAUAUAAAUCAAUGUUCACAAUGGAUCUGCUCCUGAUUUAGUGAUAGCAACCAUGAAGACAAUCCUUCACAGGUUGCAGCAGCACCUUCAACCAAUCCAGUGCAAACAAUUUCUCCACUGCAGUCACCAAUGGGCUCCUCCAAGCUCAUUGCUGUAGUCGUCGUCCUCCUCCCGGCCCUCCUGGCCUUCCAAGCUCCAAUGGCCACCGCAGCAAACUCCAACCUCUUCCGGGACUACAUCGGCGCCAUCUUCAACGGCGUCAAGUUCACCGACGUGCCCAUCAACCCGAGAGUCCGGUUCGACUUCAUCCUCGCCUUCAUCAUCGACUACACCACGGCGACGAGCCCGCCGACGCCGACGGACGGCAAGUUCAACAUCUUCUGGCAGAACGCCGUGCUCACCCCGUCGGCCGUCGCGUCCAUCAAGCGGAGCAACCCCAACGUGCGGGUGGCCGUCAGCAUGGGCGGCGCCACCGUGAACGACCGGCCGGUCUUCUUCAACAUCACCUCCGUCGACUCGUGGGUCAGCAACGCCGUCGAGUCCCUCACCGCCAUCGUCCGUGACAACCACCUCGACGGCAUCGACGUCGACUACGAGCAGUUCCAGGUCGACCCGGACACCUUCGCCGAGUGCGUCGGCCGCCUCAUCACGACGCUCAAGAGCAGAGGCGUCAUCAAGUUCGCCUCCAUCGCGCCGUUCGACAACGCCGACGUGCAGCGCCAUUACCAGGCGCUGUGGGCCAAGUACGGCGCCGCCAUCGACUACGUCAACUUCCAGUUCUACGCCUACGCCGCCAGCACGACGGACGCGCAGUACGUCGACUUCUUCAACAAGCAGAUCGUCAACUACCCCGGCGGGAACAUUCUUGCCAGCUUCACGACGGCGGCGACGACGACGUCGGUGCCGAUCCAGACGGCGCUGAGCGCUUGCCGGACUCUGCAGAGGGAGGGGAAGCUGUACGGCAUCUUCAUCUGGGCUGCAGAUCACUCCAGGAGCCAAGGAUUCAAGUAUGACACAGAAGCACAGGCACUGCUGGCUAAUGCCACCACCGGUUACUACUAGCUAGUUCCUUCCCUGUGUUGUUUCUUACAAUUUUCAGCAACAAGCACAAUAGCUUUAUAAGGAAAGUAUACUCAAAUUUGAAAUUCAAAUAUGAAUUGUAUGUAGUUGCGCAUCACUAUCCAUAGACUGCAGCUGGAAUUAAGAAUAAAGCAGUCGGGAUACACAGGAAUGCUUAAUGCUGUGAUAUUUA